AUGGCAUCACUUUUCGAUUCGAACCUUUUUGAAGCUCUCCAUCACCCAGACUACUGGAAUCGCAACCCAAAUUCAUGGGGAAGUUUGAGUGAUUGGGAUAUAUACUAUAUCAAUCAUACACCUGGUAGCACAAAAAUGAAAGCACAUCGGUCACUUGGAUUGGAACUUAAAGUUCUUCUAAAAAGGCUUUCAAAAACAAGCUAUGGUUAUUAUAAGGCAAUUGAAUUACAAAAGCUCUUGAAGGGCCUUCAGGCCCAAUAUGCUUGGUGGUUCCAUUGA